GUUGGGCAACUUGAGGGCCGAGGCCGCGGCCCUUUCUGCUGUGGCCAAGGUAUGCCUUCACAUCAAGGCACCGGCUGAAGCGAUCCAGGCCUUGGAUGGUGCACAAGCCAACUACAAGAAGCUGAAGGAUCGAAAGAAAGAAGCUGCAGUGGUACACUUGGCGGUGAAGGCUCAGCUCUUACAGGGUGAUGCCGUGAAUGCCCUGCGGGCUGCCAAGGAGGCUCGUGGUCUGGCGCGUGAGUUGAGAGAUCGCAAGGCUGAGGCUGAGGCGCUGGAUGCAGCAUCCCAGGUUCAUUUGGCAAAGCGCGACUUUCACGAAGCGCUGGACUGCGCCAAGAGCAUGGCUGCCAUCUACGAGGAAUUGCAGGAAGAUUUGGCAGCAGCCAAGGCGAAACAACUGCUCUGUUCGGUCUACCUGGCCAAAGGCGAUGCUCGCGCCGCUGUGGAUAUAGGUGAAGACGCUGUGGCGUUGUUUCGCAAACUUCAAGACCCACAGGUCUCCAGCACUGAAAGUGUCACCAUCACGCUGAAACACGGAUCCAUCGACGUCAUCGUUCACGGCCAAGGUCCGGUCCUGACGCGUAGCGCUUCUUCACCAUGCCUGCCCGGGUGGGUGAAACCUGGUGAAGGGCCUUCGAAGUUGGACCAGUUGGACCAGUUGGACCAGUUGGACUUGCACAUCCGCGGUGAAUGCCGUCCCUGUCUGUUUUUUACACGCAAGGCCGAUGGGUGCCGGAAAGGCGACCAGUGCGAGCACUGCCACUAUUGUACUGCAGCGGAAACCCGAAAGAAGUUGAACCGUGCGAAGGUGCUGAACAAGAAAGCCAAGUUCCAACGGCAGUGA